GGCGGGUGGAUGAAUGGGCGUUAUACGAGCGGCACAUGAAGGCAGCAGGAGUCAACGUGGUGAAACCCUGACACCCAAUAGGUUGAACCGGGCUGGUCACCUGACCCAUACUCUGAAUCACGUGACCCAUAUUCCAUCCACGCCAUUUUGCAAUGUGGGACAGAGGGAGGCCACUUUUUUAUUGCUAACGAAUAAGUAGUUUUAUGCGCUGAGGACAAAGAGCGUCGCGUGUUUCUGUGUCAGUGAGUAUACCUUCGUUAAAAGGUCAUGGAGGAGAUCAGCAGUGUGGCUGUUCUCAACAUACACUCCUCUACUUCUUCCUCCUCCUCUUCUGAUCCGUCAGCGCUGGAAUCCCCUGCUCAAAGCCAAACCCAGCCGGUCGUCAAGGAAGAAACCUCUCAGAUUUUUCAACACAAGCAAGCCCCCAAUUCUCUGAUCCGAGUCAUUGAGAAGCUCAGCAAAAUAGUGGAGAAGCGUCCCCAGCGUAUCUGCAUCUCGGCGGCACAGAAAAGAGUGUUGCAACAGGCCUCUUCUGCACGAGGAGGAGGAGGUGAUGACGGGGCGAAGGGGAGCAGAGGAAGCUCUCCCAUUAAGAAAAUAAAGAGGAACUUCAAGGUGGUGAGAACAGAUGGCAGCACAGCUGACCGGGCUCUUUCUCCACCUGUGUCAGGCGACAGUAACAAUAACAAUGUCACCUCCACUGUAACAGAGAUAUGUGACAACUCCAACAGCAGCAACCAAAAGUGGGCGGUAACAUGCUAUCAGUGCAGCCUGUGUCCAUUUCUCUCCCAAACACUGCCUCUGCUCAAAGAGCACCUGAAGCAGCACAAUGAGCAGAACUGUGAUGUUAUCCUCAUGUGUUCCGAGUGUCGCUUUACCUCAAGAGACCAGGGGCAGCUUGAGGCCCAUGUCAGGCUGCACUUCGACAAUGGAGGAAACCUGAAGAGGGAUUACCCUCCGUCGGAUACCUAUAGCGAUGGGAAGGAAGAUGUUUUAAGAAACCAGGAUGGGGACUGGACUGGGAGCAGUGGCAGUACGGGAACCAAGGUCAUCAAAAGUUCAGCGGACAGUUCCAAGGAGCUGCCACAGAAGAAGAAAUGGUACAGCUAUGAGGAGUAUGGAUUGUACCGCUGCCUAAUCUGCAGCUACGUGUGCAGCCAGCAGCGAAUGCUAAAGACCCAUGCCUGGAAGCAUGCUGGUCUCGUCGACUGCUCUUACCCUAUCUUCGAGGAUGACAACGGGUCUCCUGCAAUAAGAGAGUUCAAGGCUGCAGCUAACCCUGCCACGACCAGAGAGGAAAUAGUAGUUUUUUCCCCAGCUCUUCAAGAUAAAGGCCUGCAAAAGCUCCCCACUGGCUUCAAGCUCCAGCUCUGUCUGGGUGUCGACAGUAAACAGGAUCUGUUAAAUCAACCUGAUUCUGAUGUUGAUGAAAGUCCAGACACGGCAGAGGAAGAGGGGGAACAUGUGUACCCUAUCAAAGACCUGACCUCCGAGGAGCCCCUGGUGGAAGUGCAGGAGAUGACGGUGGCGGAGACUGAGGUUGAAAUAGAUGGUCACCAUGAUAGUGGCUCUAUCACAGACAGCUUACUGUCGUCAGCCCAGAAGAUUAUCAACAGCAGUCCCAACAGUGCCGGCCGGAUCAACGUGAUUGUAGAACGUCUUCCCUCGGCUGAGGAUUCAGUCAUGGCCACUAACCCACUUCUUCUUAGCCCAGAUGUGGACAGGGACAAGAGCUUACAGGAUGUGGAGGAGCAAGAGCGUGACCACAUUGGAGCUGUGAAGGAGGAGGAGGAGGAGGUCCUUGGCUGGAGUGCAGACUCUGCCGACAGCCCGGCAUUAAGUGCUGAUAUAAAAUCCUCAGUUACCAUAAGUAGCAACUCUCCACGGGAUGAAAACGUUCCCCCAGCUAUUCGCAAGAGGACACAUUCUGAGUCCCUCCGCCUGCACUCCCUUGCUGCUGAGGCCCUGGUAGCGAUGCCUAUGAGGACCCAUGAGCUCUCCACCUCCAGCCUCAAAGCACCAGACGUGGAAACGACGGCAGCUCUAUUGGACUUAAACCUUCAUAGGGAGGACAGUGAGGAAGAAGAGUUGGGGCCCCUGGGACUCAGGGAGGGAGACGAGGAGGGGCCUACCACUAAAGCUGGCAUUAGCCUGUCGCUGCUCACUGUCAUUGAAAGACUCAGAGAGCGCUCGGACCAGAAUGCCUCUGAUGAAGAUAUCUUAAAAGAGCUUCAGGACAACGCACAGUUCCAAAACGGGGCCGUGGCCGGUGUGGUCACAGGCAGCGGAGCUGGGAGUUACACGUCUGCCAUUCCAAAAAUGGAUGCGUCGGUGGCUUCUCCUGAUGGUGGUCUGGUGGACUACAUCCCCGGCAGUGAAAGGCCAUACAGAUGCCGCUUGUGCCGCUACAGUAGCAGCAACAAGGGCUACAUCAAACACCACCUGCGGGUUCACAGGCAGAGGCAGCCAUAUCAGUGUCCCAUCUGUGAUCACAUCGCCACAGACAGCAUGGACCUGGAGAGCCAUAUGAUCCACCACUGCAAGACCAGGAUGUACCGGUGCAAGCAGUGCCCAGAUGCCUUCCACUAUAAGAGUCAGUUAAGAAACCAUGAAAGAGAGCACCACAGCUUCAGCAGCGACCUGGCAGCCUUCACAGCCGUCACUGAAGCUGCAGCCGCAGUGGAGGAAGCUGAGCGAGAAACAGACCAUGAUUGUGCAAAGCAGAAGAUGUACAAAUGUGAUGUGUGCGACUACACCAGCUCCACAUAUGUCGGGGUGAGAAACCACAGACGGAUUCAUAACUCUGACAAGCCUUAUCGGUGCUGUAGCUGUGACUUUGCCACUACCAACAUGAACAGUUUAAAGAGCCACAUGAGGAGGCACCCUCAGGAGCACCAAGCUGUGCAGCUUCUGGAGCAGUACAGGUGCUCUCUGUGUGGCUAUGUGUGCAGUCACCCUCCUUCACUCAAGUCUCACAUGUGGAAGCACGCCGGAGACCAGAACUACAACUACGAGCAAGUCAACCAAGCCAUUAAUGAGGCCAUCUCCCAGAGCAGCCGAACUCCUCAGAAGUUGUCUGCAGUUCCGGAAUCAGUGGCGGACCAUCCCUCAAAGGACAGAGUUAAGGCCCCUGUGGAACAGAUAACACCCACAGUGACAACAACAGCAGUUGAUCCAGCCGCAGACAGCUCGACUGGCCUCGACACAUCCGCCACAGACCCCUCACAGUGGUCAGCUGAAUCCCCAAGUCCCCCUGAUAGUGACCCUGCACAGAUCCACUCUCAGUCCCAGAGCCAACCUGUCGGCAAGACCCCCGUUCCGGGCCCCAGCAUGGAGUACUGCGUGCUCUUAUUCUGUUGCUGCAUCUGUGGCUAUGAGUCCACCAGUAAAGAGCGGCUGAUGGAGCACAUGAAGGAGCACGAGGGAGACAUCAUCAGCAUCAUCCUCAACAAGGAGCAGCAGCAGCAGCAGCAAGCUGAAGUACAACCAAGCCUCCAGACAGCAGAGUGAGACCUGUCCUUCUCUACUUUUCUCUAUAUCAACCCUGACCCUGCGCUCUUAGAAGUAUCUGCCUCAUACAGAACUGUUUCAUCAUAUUUCUUUACCUCAAGGUGGCUGUGGGUUGGAGGUUUAACCGUUUCCUGUCUACCACACCCUGGUAGUUUACUGCCAUUUCUCAGCAUGUAGGUUGGUGACAAAGGCUACAUCCAUGCUACUGCAUUUUCAUUAUACACCUGGUGUCCACACUACUCCAGAGUUUCAGAGCAACUAUAACAGAGAUGUUUGGAGAAGUGUUUGAGUCUGGACAGACAGUAACAGAGAUGUUUCAAAACUUGAAGAAAACAAAAUGGAAACUUAUUUCAGUUUUGUUUUUUUCAAACUAAAACGUAGUAGUAUGGAUGUAGCCAAUGGACUGAAGUAGCUUUGGUCCAAUACACACACCUUGAACAGGUGUGGAGAAAUAUGAUGAAAAGGUUUUCUCUGUGGCAUAUCCUUUUAAAAGGAAUGUUAAAUAAAACAUAGAACAACGCUUAUAAGCCGUUAAUAUUUGUAUCAAAUAAUUUGACAUGAGAGACACAAAAUAGGUCUUUAGGGAAGCAACUUUGAUUUCAAGGGACAAACCCGAGCUUUAGCCCAAGUUUUUUUCACUAUACAGGGACAAGUUCAUACCUCACAAAACCACACAAUCCCUCAGCAGGAAUGGAGAAAAGAGAAUAUGAAAUUUUUUCCAGUCUAAUUCAUAUAUUGACUACAAGGCAGCUCUUUUAUUGCUAAUGUAAUAUUUAAUGUAUUUAAUUCGACACAGCCGUGGCUCUUUAUAGGAGGUACAUGUGCAAACUCACCAAUGCCUAAGGGCACACAUCACAGCUUGAAAAUGAUAUAAUAUCAGGUUUUUAUGCACGUUAGUUUCCGUUCUGCCCAUUUCAAGAGGCAAAUGUUUCUUAUUUGUUAUUUGCAUUAUACAUAUUUUUGUAUGAGUGACUGUAAUUUUACUGUGGGAUUGUUUAUAAAGUAGCGUCUUUAGAGGGGAAUGUAAUUGCUCUCAGUGGUGAUGUCGAGGAUGAUCUAGUGCAAAGUAGAAACAGGUGGAGGAUGAGCAAAGUCUUCUGGCCGCAGAUGUUUGGUUUUGAUUAAAAGGAAUGAUUUAAAAGGGAAGUUAGCACAGGUGGGUGUUUGGUGCAUAGACACUUGAGAGCAAGAAUAUGUGGUAUUGAAUCAAACCCACCUUUUUCACUUACGAUUGCGGUGCUAUGCACACUAUAACAUUUAGUCAGGGUCUUUUUCAUGGCCCUUGACAUUUAAGGUGUAUAUAACAUUUGUAUUAUAAUAUUUUUUGUCAGUGUUUUAAAAAAUAUAUCAACUUUUACACAUACAACUUUUUAGUGGCCAAAGUACACAAUAAUACGUGGAUUUGAAAAUCCCAUGCGACUGAAUACAUUAUCUGUGAUAUAACGACUCUCGGCUCAGCACAGUGUCAUGAUGAUAAAACCUCGACCAAUGUAGGCUUCGUAUUUUCUAUGAUGAUCUGAAUGUCUUCGAUACAAAACAAGGCAACCAAUGGCUUCUCUAUGAAAGGAUACAAAUUUAACUGAUCACCCAGAAGCAUAUGACAAAUAUUAUUCUGAAUAUUAUGAAAAUUAUGUCUUAAUUUGAAAAGAAAAAGGUAAUAAUAUGAGGGGGGGAAACCCUAGCUUACCAAAGUUCAUUGUUUGUUGAGAAACAACAAACAAUGACAUGUUGUAUGAAAUCCUUUUGAGUGUCACACACAUAUAAUUUUAACUACAGCCUCACAGUCAACCAUUACUACACAUUUCCUCUUCCACAAAAAAGGCAUUUUCUUUUCACAGUCUCUAUUUCUUCCAAGUCCUGAUUCUUAGGACAAUAUGGUGCUGAUAAGCCAAAAUAUGGAGUAUGCUGUAAUUUAAGAAACCUAAAGUAAAGUAUAAAUUAACAAUGUGUUCCACAUUCCUCAUUUUAACACAUGCGACAGGCAUCAGCCUGAUAUUCUCCCUCGAAAAUGACAUGCAACUUAAAAUAAUGACUUUACUUUUCUUGUACAUUUAAGACUGUAUUCUUGUAAUAUUCAACUUAAAUCUAGUAAAUUUUCAACCUUUUCCUUGUAGUUUUAAGACUUUAUUCUCAUUAUCUCUUUAUUCUCAGAUUAUUUUUUUUUCACCUUAAGUGGCCCUAAUGCUUGUCGUACAAACGUGUUCCCCAAAAUAUGUCUCCCACUUUAAUGUUGAUUCAUGUCAAACUCACUGUGCCAUUCAUCCAGGAUGUAAAGUUAAAAAAUAGAUGUUUUCAUGUGGAUAACCAAGUAGCCUUACAAAAGAAUAAUUCUGUGGCCCAAAAACCCACCAGUUCUGUGUCCACAGCGCACCAUGUCACAUUAGGAGGACCAGUUUGUAGGAUUUAGGGGCAUUGUGUUUUCAUCAGGGAAUAAUCACCUGAAACUAAGAUUUGAUGUGUUUACUUAAGCUUCAAAUGAGAUUUUAUUUCCACACUCCGAGUGGAUCCUCUUCCACUGAGGUUUCUACACGAGCCCAGAAUGGACAAACCAUAGAAGGGGCGGGGUAUUCAGUCUGCAUCCUCACCUCUGCUGCUAAACCCUACGCACUUGUCCUGCAAUUCAUCAGUUUGCCACCCCCUCCUUCCAUCCACACAGACAGAGGCUGUUGAAAUUAAGAUAAAAUGGAAUAUACAUAAUUCAUGCCCAUCCCCCAAUCCACCCCACUUCGCCUUACAUAACGCAAAAGUGUGUGUGUGUGUGCGUGUGUGGGUAUACGUGCGUGUACAUGUGUGUGUGAAGCGUAAAGGGAGAAACUAAAUUAAAUCUGUAUCUCAAAGCCCUUAUACCUGGCCUGGACGUCUCAUUAUCAUACCGGAUAAUUAUUGUCUGGCUUUUAAUUUGUCUGAAUCAAAGGAGACAGUGACGUGUCUGUAUGAAGAAAAAAAAUUCAAUCUAAGUGAGGCUUCAGUGUCCCUCCCGUCUGAUUAACUUGACAUUCAUUUUAAUGAGCAGUGAACAUUAAAGACGAGUCCAACCGCAGCCACACAGAGACGCCCCCCCGCCCACCGCUCUCCUCUCUGUUGUAAGGACGCUGCCAUGAAUCUGACAGCUCCUGAUAAUUCACCUCAAAAAUUUGUGGAAAUAAACAACGUGGCUAUUGAUUCUUGUUCACCAGGAACUUUAUAUUCAUUCUUUUGGCACAAAAUUCUUUGAGCUAAUAAAACUUUUGUGACCCACUUCAUUUCUGAGUAGUGCUGCCACUUUAUCAGAAAAAAAGUUUAAAUAUAUAGUGUAUUAACACGUCAUUCUGUCAGAUACAGCAGUUUACAUACACAUACAUUCUAAACAUCAGUCCUUGUAGAAUUUAUGUUCUGUUCAUUCUCGGUGCCUCCACUGUCUCCCUGACAUUACUGUAAGGCUCUUCCAUUAAACCAAGUCAACAAUCUGAAAGCCUCCACUUCUCCGAUGAUCUGCUGUCAUAAUUGUCUUGUGCAGCAUGGCUCACUAGUUCAAUACUUACUGCGUCAACAUAAUAAACUAGAAUAGCACUCAGUAGAGCGCAUCAGCCCAGUAGUCUCCUAUGAAACCCGAGUUUUAUUUGGAUCUGCACCAAAUUUCAGAACUCCUAGAUAUCACUCCCCUAAACAUGUCUUAUUUUUUUAUCACAAUCCAAGAAUUACUGCCUGGCAAAUUGGUGAAAAAGUCAUGUCUCACAAUGUUUAAGAAAUCGCUCCUUUGUUUACUUCUACUUUUACUUUUGGUACAAAUGAAGUGGUUUUGAUCAUCUUUCUUAACUGUUAAGUUUGUUCAUAACUUAUCUAAUUGUUUUUCGUUCUCAUGUUGAACUGAGUUGAAUGAAAGUUUUUCAAGCCAUGCAGUUCGUAAGUUUAAGUAAGCAAGUAAGUAAACUCCUUAUAGCAGUUAAACAGGGCUGAGAAUGGUUUUGUUUUGUUUUGUUGUUAUUGUCAACAGAUCCUAUCAAAGGACCAAAACCAAGCCUAUAAUGUCUAACAACUGGCCAAAACCCAUAUGAAGUUUAAUUUUGAAACAAAGUUAAACAUUUCUGAGGUUUAGCAAGUCUGCUGUAAACUGUGCAUACAUGGACUGUACUUUGAGCACUGAUGAGUAUUACCAGCUGCAGGAUGCUGUAUGUGAGAUUGACUCAAAGCAAACUGCAGUGCAGAUGUGUGUCAUGAUGCAGAGGAAGGUCUCCAAAAGCACAGCAGCAUUCAUUGAUGUUUUUCUUUUUUGCUUUAUUUGACUGUAUAGAAAGAGACAGGAAAAAUAGGGAGAGAGGAGUAUGACGUGUAACAAGAGUCCCCUGGCUACUGAGACGUCCUCACUGAUGGGCUCCUAAAUUGUGAUUUGUGAAUCUGGGCUUUGAUCGAUGCUUGGCACAGACCAAAGAGAUGUAUCAGGCAAAUAUUACUUGUCUGUUGGAACAAUUCCUUGUGGGUCUUGACAAACCCUAAUAAUACGAGACUUAUCCUUAAAAUUUGAUAUUCAAUUGGAGACAAAACUCACUGUACUUUAGUCACAAAAAUGUAAGUAUAUACGUGUGUGUAUAUAUAUAUAUAUAUAUAUAUAUAUAUAUAUAUAUAUAUA